AUGCCCUUGGGCCUCUUCUACAAGUAUGGUUCCCACCUCUACAAACAUCGUUUCUUCUGCAACCAAAUACCAGCACCACCAAAGGAACUCCUCGGCAUCCCCACCGCCAACAUCCCUCCCGAGGGACUCUCAGCCUACCCGGACCUGCGCUCAGGCGUGUAUUUCGGCUUCGUGGGCCUCUCGCGGCCUCCCAUCACCGACUCCUCUCCUGCGACCUCCACGCCAACACCGCGCAGCACGACCGCCGAGAUCUACCCUUCAGUCCUCAGCAUCGGGUACAACCCGUACUACAAAAACACGGUCCGCUCGGUCGAGAUCCACAUCCUGCAGGAAUUCAAGCGCGACUUCUAUGGCGCGGCGCUGAACCUGCUGAUCCUGGGCUUCAUUCGGCCAGAGUACGACUACGUCAGUCUCGAGGCGCUGGUCAGGGAUAUCAGGGUCGAUUGUGAGGUUGCCGAGCGGAGUUUGAAGAGGGAUGCGUAUGCGAGGUUUAAGGAUGUCGCGGAGAGAGGGGACGGGGACGGAGACGGUGACAGGGAUGAGCAUGAGGAUGAGGAUGCAAGGUGGUUGACGAGGUUUGAGUGGGUAGACGGCGUUGAUGCUGCUGAGGUCGAGAGGAAGGUGUUGGCGAAGCAGGACUAA